UUUUGAGGGAGUUUCGAAUAAAUUUAUGUGCACGACUGAACAAGAUCUGCUGACUACCUCUCAUUCAUUCGGUCUGAUCUCCCUCGAUGGGCGCUAACACUUGACAGAUUGGUUGGUAUAAAAUCACCGUUCUCCAUUAUGGACAGCGAACUGCUCGAACACUUCCAGAACCUGAACGACAUUGCAAAAGAGAAAGGCCACAUAGACGACGCGUCGAAGGAUGCCAUCUUCAAAUUAUUGAAAAGUAAACAAGAGGCACUGAUUGUUACGACAAUUCAAACUGUACUAGARUCACUCAAGAAAACCCUUCUUUAUCUUGAGAACGAGCCUGACAAGGCUAAAGUCUUUGAUCUGUUAGCAGAACUGGCAAAAUCAGAUGAGGUGCGUGAUUUCUGUGUGGAURCAGGCUGGAUAGCAAUAGCUCUGGAUCACUUAGAGCAUGAAGAUCAGAAYGUAGUGUUACAUACCUUGCGCUCCAUUGGAAACAUAUGCUACAACAAUGAACUUGGUCGUAAAUCUCUUCUUGGUGCUAAUGGUGCAGAUGACAUUGUACGUAAGCUAGAAUUCCUAAACCAGAAUUACGAUGCAACAAAGGACAACCGAAUGGAUGUUGUGAUAUGUGGAUGUGUGCUCAAUCUAGCAACUGAUGAUGAGGAGCUUGCUGCAGAUUUAGUYAACUGUGGAGCCAUGCCUCAUCUCUUGGGUCUUGCUCACAAGAGUAUCCAUAGCAACCCUGUUCUCUGUAGGAUGGCUGUCUCUGCUAUCUCGGAGMUAAUGAAUACAGCUAAUGGCAAGGAGAGUUUCAAGGAAAGUGGUGGACCUUCUGUGCUGUUAAGUGCAUUAAAAGAAGACUAUCGCGACGAGGAACUCUCCUACCUUCUUCUAGAGGCCCUCAACCCUUUAGUCAUGAAUGAUGAUAUUAUGAAGAAAGAGAUGGUGAAUGCAGGAUGUACYGAAACCCUUGUUCACGUGAUUGCCUCGUGCAAAGGCCGUGAGGAGGAAGAGAGUAUGAAAUAUCGACUUGAAACAGCAGCAGAUAUGAUAGUUACUAUUCUUACUGAUGAUGAAUGCAUGAAGCGGUUGUUCCAGAAUGGCGAUGGGAUCGUCGUUAAAGAAUGUAUCAAGUGGUUGUCGUCCAGAAACAAGCAUUUAGAAAUCUCUGGAUCGCUUGCAGUAGGAAACUUUGGAAGAUCAGAUGACAAUUGUAUCAAGCUCGUACAGAUGGGUGUCCAUAAAGAACUAUUGAAUUUAUUACCACUAGCCAAACAACGACCGGAGCCAUUUAAACACGUACAGGCAAUUUUUGGGGCCCUAAAAAAUCUAGCUCUCCCGCUCGUCAACAAACCCAUCCUUCUAAAUGACAGCUGUCUGGAAGCGUGUCUUGCCCAGCUCUCGUCACAGUCACCACUGGUAUUGACCAAAGUGUUGGGAACAAUGUGUGCAUUAAUGGCGGUUCCGAGCAAAGAAGAAACGGUCAAAUCUGCAGCAGAGACUACAGCCAACAAGAUUGUGAACACAAAGGGCCAGCUUGAAGUUCUGAUUCGUUUGAGUAAAAGUACUGGCAACGAAGAGGUCAGAAUUGAAAGCUGUAGACUUUUAGCUCUUAUCGUCAAGUACGGAAGCUCUCAAGAAAUCAGCCAUAAGAUGAUAACCAGUGGUGGUUUACCACAAAUUGCCGAGAUCGUGACGUCAUCCAGAYUCGUUGUUCAGAACGAGGCUCUUAUUGCAAUGACUAUUCUUGUCUCGUUUGUCAAACCGGAUUUUUACCCUAAACUUCGCGAGACCGGCCUUACACAAACUCUUAUCAAACUCAUCAAAGAAAGAAAGCUCAAUCCCCAGUCAUGUUAUAAUUCUUUGGCGUAYUUAGAAGCACUCUCGACCAAAGACUAUUUUGCAAGGGACCUUCAAGUGGCAGGUCUYCAUCGUGUACUCGAGGAUUUGGUCGAUGAUGAAAACGAAAAUAUAAAGAAACGUGCCCUCUUCAUGGUGACGAGGCUCAAGGCAAAACAGCUGGAGGAAGAUUAAUAAGAAGAGGGAUAUGAUUGAUGUCAGAUCUCUUAUUGUUGCCAUUAGAAAAUAUUACAAUUGUGGGAGGGGGACCCACAUGGCCUCGCCUCAUCACACUGUGGGAUUCCUAUUAUGGACUACAACUUGUACAGGCUCAGUUGGACCUAAUCCGUGAAACAGUAUUAGAUCUAUUUUGUUUUAAAUAUUACAAAAUAGAGCAAUUGUUGUAGUCAAUCUAUCGUUUUCUAUUAACUGUUUCAUCAGUGUUAUUUAGUACAAACUAGUGCUAAAUAGAAUUCUAUGGAGUGCAUACCAUAUAUCCUUGAAAAAGUCAACUAACAAAAUUGUACAAAUUAGUGUAAAGGUUUGUAGGUCCACGGUC